AUGGCUACAAUAAUGAAUUUAAGCAUAGAAAUAAUUGUGAAAAUGUGCCUGAGGCUCCACGUUCGAGAAGAAUUUUCUGUCCGACAGGAACUGUGGACCAGCCGGCUCCAAGGACCAGACCCUCCCGUCAGCUCCCUCCCCACCCCGCAGGCUGUAGCUACUCAGGGAGCCGGGACGCUGGGCGCGCGCUCGGGGGCGCGGGGCGCAGUCCUGGAGCCGGUGGGGAACGCGGGCAUCCACCGGGUCAGGCCCUCCUUCUGCGAGGUUAGCUCCUGGUCCUGGACGGAGAAUAGUGCCCCUUUCCCGGCCCUGGAAGGACGAUGGAGCCCAGGAAGGUCAGUGCACGCAGUGGACUCUGGCGAGGCCGGGGAGAGGGAACAGGCCUGGGCCGGGUGCCUGGCUCUCGGCCAGUUAGACGCUUGCUGCCCACUCAGAAGAACUAAAGAUGACACGUGGAAAGCAGAUGACCUCAGGAAACACCUUUGGAUUGCACAAUCAGAUAGUCCAAAAGAAGACAAGAAACAUAGAGAAAAGAGAGUACAUAAGGAACCAGAAAUUGACUCACUUGAAUACAGAGAGCAUAAGUAUAAGGAUCUGGACAGUGACACAAAGUAUAAAGAAAGGACAACUGAAAGAGAUGCUCACGUGUCUUAUGAAAACCCUCGAGGGGAGAAGGAGCGAGAAAAACACAGGGAGAGAAGAAAAGAUGCAAAAGAUCGGGAAACAGAGAAACAUAAAGAGAAACAUCGAGAACAAAAUACAGACAAAUCUCACAGUAGAGGAAAAGACAGAGAAAAAGAAAAAGAGAGGAAAGCAAGGAAGGAAGAACUGAAGCCGACUACUGCCUUUCAUAAUCUCCUGGGGCGUGAGUUACGGGAAAAGCAUCUUCUGGAAAAAGAAAAGAAGACACGCUCAGUAAGUAAAGUAAGAGUUGAAGACAAAGAAAAAAGAGGUGACUUAGAAAGAGAUGAAGAGAGAGAAAGAAGAUAUCGAGAAAGAAAGCUACAGUAUGGUGACAGUAAAGAAAAUCCUCUUAAAUAUUGGCUUUAUAAUGAAGAAAGUGAAAGACGACACAGGAGACCGAAAGAACAAGACCGAGAGAAGAAGCACCGAGAAAAAAGCAUGAGGGAAAAAAGAGAAAAAAUCCGUAAAGAAAAAAGUAUUUUUUUCACUGAGAAGGAAGGGGAAGAGAGACAUAAAGAGAAACACCAUAAAGAAGGUGUGCAUUUUGAUGAAGAGAGGCACCACAGUAGCAUACAUAAGAAAGAGAGAGCCUCAAAAGAGGAACACAAGAAAAGGGAUUCCAAGAAUGGUGAACACAGAAGUCGAGGUUCUGGUUCAAAAAGAGAUGGAACUAACAGCCAUCAUGAAGAUAAUUUAUCAAGGAAUAAUGAAAAAGAUAAAGAAUCACGAAGGAAGCACAGCUCUGAGGAAGGGUCAUCAGUAUGGAUGUUGGCUCAGAGACACAGAAAUGAAGAAAAUGUGGAAACUGAAAAGGAAGAAAGUGAUUUCGAAAAUGGUGGAGCUCAUGAAUAUACAACCAGUUUUGAAGAAGAUUUUGAAGAAUAUGAAGAUGAUUUUGAGAUUUGUGAUGAUGGAGAUGAUAAUGAUGAUGUUAGCAGCAAUGAAUGUGAAUCAAAAGAGAAAGUUGAAGAACUUCCUCCAGCCAGAAAAAAGGAGAUACAAGAAAUCCAAAAAGCCAUUAAUGCUGAAAAUGAAAGGAUUGGUGAAUUAUCUUUGAAACGGUUUAAGAAGCCAGGUGGAACAGGAUAUGAAGGAGAAUCAAGAACAGAUGCAAAUAACUCCCCUUUCAGAGCACCAGUAUGUGGAAUUUUUAUGGAUUUUGUGUCAGCCUCACACCGUCAGAGGAGUCGGAAACAAGCUCUUAAGCAAAAAACACGCAGUACGAAGCUACUUCGACUUAUUGACCUGGAUUUUUCAUUUACUUUCUCUCUCUUGGAUUUACCACCAGUAAAUGAAUAUGACAUGUAUAUCAGAAACUUUGGGAGAAAGAAUACCAAGCAGGCAUAUGUUCAAUAUAAUGAAGAUAAUGUUGAAAGAGAUAUUCAGACAGAUGAAAUAGAGACAAGGGAAGUGUGGACCCAGCAUCCAGGAGAAAGUGCAAUUGUAUCUGGAGGUAGUGAAAAUAGAGCUAUCUUUGAUGCUACAGUUGUACCAAAGAUUGAUACACCCAGAUUAUCUCAGUUUCUCCGAUCUGCUUGCCAGGUGAUCACAGUUUUGCUUGAAGAAGAUCGUGUGGCAGCUGAACCCAAGUGGAACCUCAGGGCUCAAGACAACACCCUUUCAUUUAGUGAUAGUUCCUCUCAAUUGAACACCAGUCUGCCAUUCCUUCAAAAUCGAAAAGUGUACUAUCUGCAUGCCUCUCAAGUUCAGAGGCAGACCAUCGUCUCUGUUCAUGAUUUACCUGAAAAGGCAUUCUCAAAUCAACUGGACAGAAGAUACAUUCUCUGUGUCUGGGAUAUUUGGCAGCCUUCAAGCCCACAAAAGGUUUUGAUAUGUGAAUCAAAGGUCACAUGCUGCUGCUUUAGCCCUUUCAAAGCAUUUUUACUCUUUGCUGGGACAGUGCAUGGCUCUGUGCUUGUGUGGGAUUUACGAGAAGACUCGAGGAUCCAUCAUUAUGUGAAGCUGAUUGAUUGUUUUUGGACAUUCCGGACGUCAACAUUUUCUACUGAUGGUAUCCUUACCUCAGUCAACCAUCAAAGUCCUCUUCAAGCAAUAGAACCUGUCUCAAAAUCCAUCUACAAAAAACAGAACGUUGUACUUUCACCUUUUUCUGCUCAAGAAGAAACAUCAGGGUUAUCAUUCCACAUUGCUUCAUUGGAUGAAAGUGGAGUUCUUAAUGUGUGGGUGGUUGUUGAAUUAUCAAAGGCGGACAUGGCAGGUUCAAUAAGUGACUUAGGUUUAUUACCUGGAGGAAGGAUAAAAUUAGUACAUAGCUCUGUGAUUCAGCUGAAUAGCAGUCUUUCCCCAAAAGAUAAUCCAUUUUGGGGGACCGUACAAACACUGAAUGUUAAAUUUCUACCUUCAGAUCCUAACCAUUUUAUUGUUGGCACGAACAUGGGUAUAAUAACUCAUGGAGCAAGACAAGAUUUGAGAGUUUCUCCUAAAUUGUUCAGACCCCAGCAACAGGGUGUAAGACCAGUAAAUGUUAAUGUGAUUGAUUUUUCACCAUUUGGAGAACCAAUAUUCUUGGCUGGCUGUUCAGAUGGCAGCAUCAGAUUACAUCAGCUGACUUCUGAAUAUCCUCUUCUGCAGUGGAAUAACAGCACCAAUGGCCAAGCUAUUAUUGGCUUACAGUGGUCAUUAACAAGACCUGCUGUGUUUUUGGUCCAGGAUGACACAUCCAGUAUUUAUAUUUGGGACCUACUGGAAAGUGAUUUGGGCCCUGUAGCCACACAGCCUAUCUCUCCAGACAAGCUAGUAAUGAUGACUGUGAUGGGCAACCCGGAAAAGACCAGCAGCAGCUUCCUCGCCCUCCUGCUGGCCAGAGCGUCUGGGGACGUUGACAUUCAGUACUUGAAGAAGCAAUGGGCAUCACCAGUGAAGGACGAGCAGAAGCAGCUGUGUUCACUUUUGCAAGAAGCCUUGUAG